CAUGUAUUUCUCUGGCUGCUUUAAACUUCCAAGCAGCAAAGCUCGAGACUACUCGGAUUCGGAUUGGCAGAGGUAGAAUACCCUAAAACCUCCCUGGUGUGUGAUUAUUGGUUUUUAACUUCUUACAAAUAUGGUUGAGCUUCUUUUCGAGGAUAUUUUUACCGUGACUCGGUUGGAUCCAGAUGGUAAAAAGUUUGAUAAAGUUUCUCGCAUUGAAGCACGGAGUGAGCAGUUUGAUAUGUACAUGCAGCUUGAUGUGAACACAGAAAUAUAUCCUCUUCAUGUUGGGGAGAAAUUCACAAUGGUACUAGCUAAUACGUUAAGUUUGGAUGGAACUCCUAACACUGGCUAUUUUACUCAGGGAAAUAGAAAGUCGUUGGCAGACAAAUUUGAAUAUGUCAUGCAUGGGAAGCUGUACAAGAUCUCGGAGGAAGGCUCUGGAGCUAAUGUUAAAGUGGAGAUGUAUGUUUCAUAUGGUGGCCUUUUGAUGAUGCUGAAGGGGGAUCCUUCCAAUGCUGCUAAUUUUGAGCUGGACCAAAGGUUGUUUCUCCUUGUGAGGAAAGUUUGAAAUCCUCCAUCUGCUUUGCUGCUUGGAAUCCAUACCAUAGCCACAAACACAUUUGCUUAUAACAUGAGUACUUGAAACGUAUGCC